UUCGCGCGUGGCCAGCGAGGGAAUCCCCCACCCCCCCCAACCCCCGGCCCCUACAAACACGACCGGCGCCUUCGUGUCUUCCCACAACCAAAAUAAUAACUAACCCACGCGUGAGGGGCUUCUUCUCGCGCAGCAUGCCUUGACACACAACGGAACGGCGACUUUUGACCUCCUCGCUUCAUUCAAGUUCGAACAAAACUUCUCAUGAAUGAGGGGACGUUUUUUGAAGACCGCCACCAAGGAAUUACAACAUCAGUUCCACCACUUUUUUUUUUUUGGUCUAUCUUUAGGCAGCCUCCAAAUGACGUCGAGAUGGCUUUAGGAGGGACCCUGCUGCCAUCCAUUUCCACCUUCACCAGCCCCGCUGUCAAGACCAAAGCCAUUGGAAAUGCCAACCUAAGAUGGAAGGAGGAGCUGUCCCAUCUUAAGAGACUCAGUGUGCCAACCGGAAAUUCGGACGCAGACCAUCCUACUGGUACCAGCGCCACAAGCCCCAGCAUGUCCAAGGAAGACACUGAGCCAGACCUAGACUUGGACUAUGACUUCAUUCUGUCCAAUUCCAUGCUCCAGCAGCAGCAGCAGCAGCAGCAGCAGCAACAGCAGCAAGAGCACGACGAUGUCAUGGCAUGCGGUUCCGUCCAAGCCCUGCCGCCCAACUCGCCCGGUUCUUUCUCCUCCUCGUACUCCCUGCUCCCGUCCCCUCAGGGCUCAGCCGAGUUGCUCUACACCAUCCCGGACAUCAGUGACGUCUCGCCAUCCGGGGGCUUUGUGGCGGAGCUCAUGAGACCUGAACUGGACCCGGCGUACCUCCACUCCACCAGCCUGCAUGGCAAGUUUGUGGUCAAGACCACAAUGGACCUGGGGGAGUACAACCCCAAGGCUUGCGUUAACGUUGCAUCAGACCGCCCCCCUUCACGAGCCUCGCCGCCCUUUACGUGCCACCGGAUAAAGCAGGAGGCCCCCAGUAACUGUACCAUCUCGCAGCCGAUGGAACUGCACCGGCAGCGGCCCGCCCACCUAGAACUGCACGGCUUUCCUGGAAAUGGGGGGCACUCCGCCAUGACGGGCGGCGGCCGCCUGUCCUCCUCUUCGUCGCUCUCCCCGGAUCACCCGCUGGCCCGUGAGCACCAGGUGUUGGGCCACCCUCACUCUCAGAUUCCUCUACCUCCCCACGGAUACCACCGCAGCUCGCCACAGGGAUACACCGCCUACCCUCAGCCCACCGCUAUGCAGCAGUACCAAGACCCCCUCAUGGUCUCCAGCAUUGACUGCUUGCCAGAGGAGCCCAAGCCCAAGCGCGGGAGGCGCUCGUGGCCCCGGAAGCGCGUCGCCACGCACACGUGUGACUACGUCGGCUGCGGGAAGACGUACACAAAGAGCUCGCACCUCAAAGCGCAUCACCGCACGCACACAGGAGAAAAGCCUUACCACUGCGACUGGGAGGGCUGCGGCUGGAAGUUUGCACGCUCCGACGAGCUGACGCGCCACUACAGGAAGCACACAGGCCACCGGCCGUUCCAGUGCCAGAAGUGUGACCGGGCCUUCUCCAGAUCGGACCACCUGGCCCUCCACAUGAAGAGACACUUGUGAGGACACGUACAAAAAAAACCCAAAAAAAAACACACACACAUUCAAAUGACAUGCUGUGGCGUUCACGGCUAAAGACAAUCAAGACGAGACCUGCGAACGUGGGUCGGAACGGGACCAAAAACUGGAAGUAGUCUUUAUUUAUGGGACCAAACUCAAAGAGGACCAGUAACUGGAAUCUGAUGUGGAAAAUCUCCAGAAGCCUUCAUUAAAUCACCAACGACACUGUAUUAAUCAUGCAUAGCUAUAGUGAUACAUAUUCACAUUACACCUGUCACUUCAGGUACAAUGUUAAUUAAUUUAUACCGACUGGUGCUCAGUGACUUUACCCUACCAAAAAAGGUACCAAAGAAUCAGUGACAAAGUGCCGUAUAUUUAGUGUUUCUCAUCUCUUCCACACUCAAAAAUCAGGUUUUGGAGCGGUGACGGCAAUCUGAGAAAGCACUGCAAGUUGCAUAGUGCAAUAAUUUAUAUGGAAACCUUCCUAUUUUUAUAAUGGAAUGAGUGACUCUGAACAAAAAAAGGGGUUUUUUAUUUUUGUUUUUACAUAGCCAAAAUAAAAAAUUAAAAUGUAAUAUAAUCUUGAUCUUUGUACAUUUGUAGAUAAGAAAAAUACUUUUGUUAUUAUUAAAUGUUUUGUAUUUUACAGUAUAAUAAAAUGUAUUUCAAAUAA